AUGGACGCCGUCAUCAGCCAGAUCCAAGAUCUGUUCGAAGGCCAGAUUGACUUCGACGGUCAACGCCUGGCUGAGACAAUUUCUAAUGCCAUUCUGACUAUUACAUCGCUCAUCGCCCUAACAGUUGGAUUCAUCCAACAAGAUAUUUACUUGACCAUGUGGAUUGGCCUAGCUGGGACGGCGUUGGCAAUGCUACUGGCUGUGCCUCCCUGGCCGGUCUACAAUCAGCAUCCUCAGCCGUGGUUAGGGUCAAAGUCUGCGUUGCCGCCAGGCGGGAUCAUGGUAGGAGGAGCGCCAGGAAAAUAG